UUCAAUAUAGCCCCUCAAAUCUUCUUUACUUUCCAAUUGUACCCCAAUUCUGCUAUUUCGUUUUCUAAUACGUCCUCUCUUUAAUAUUUGCUUCCAUAUCCAUACGUCACCAAAUUUACGCAAAAUUCCACAAGGCCCCAAAUUCUAGGGUUUUCCUCCACCUAAAAUCCCUGCAACUCUUCUCUGAAAUGGCCAUUGGUGACAGUGCAUGUGCUGAAAGUAGUAAAAUUUUGGGUUUGUAUGGGAACUGGGAAGUGAUGCUGUGAUCUUCGGCCUUUGAAAAGGCUCAGUUUUUUGUCCUCUGUGUGUUCUUGCUUUCUACAUUAUUAAUGGUGGAGAUACUUUAUAGUGAAAUCUUGAACUGGUCGACUAUAAUUUUACUGUAGGAAUAUCCAAGGAUUUUUGUGUUGAUAAUUUUUAAUAUGUUUCAUCAUUGUGUUAGUUGGAAGCGGACGCAACAUGCAAACUAUCAGUCAUCUAUGCCUUAGGUAAAUAGUGGCGGAUUAUAAGAGCAAGGGAGAAUUACUAUCAGGUGUCUAGAUUUUUAGAAAAUUCACUAAUUUAUCCUUAAAUUAAAACCACUCGAUUAAAACAUCAUUGUUUUUCUAAAAUAUAACUCAUUAGUCAUUCUGUAAAGGAACCAUUAUACUGAUUUACAUAUUAUUUAGUUCUUAUAGUUUUAAAUAUUUAUAUUAUUUAAUUAUUCGGACUAAACUUAAAACAAGUUAACUAAUGGCUUAUCCAACAAAAGGAUUAAACAAUUGAUUUCACAAAAUAUGGGACAUUGUAAUUGGUUGAUUUUGAAAUAGAGAUGAAUUAGUGGUUUUCUAAAAACUCAGGGACUUGGUAGUAAUUCUCCCUAAAAGUAAAGAAUAUACUUUUGAAAAUUUACCAUUUAGUCCUUAGGGUUUUUCACUGAUGAUGAUUCGGUCUGUAUAUUUUGGAAAGACUAUUUAAUCCCUUGUUUUUUCUUCUGUCAUAUACUAGGUCCUUCCAUCCCUUUGUCGUUAUUAUCUUAAGGUAAAAUAAUAUUAAAUCCCUAGAUAUUAUAAUUAUUUACAGCUUCAACCGCUUAAUUUUGUAAUUAUUUAUUGCUUUAUCUAUUAGUUUUAUAUCUUCAUCUUUCCUCUCUUCUAUGGGGGUGGAGAGAGAGAGAGAGAGAAACAAAGAGAGACAGAGGUGAAUUGAUGAAUGUGAGAGUUGAUUAAAUUAAUUAUAAAAUUGAGAGAUGAAACUAUAAAAAAUUGAAAUACUCAAGAAUUAAAUAGUAAAAAACUAGUGUGUGACGGAAGCAAAAGUGAGGGACUAAAUGGUCUAAUUUCCAAAAUACAGAGAGUAAAUCAUUAUUAGUGAUAAAUCCCAGGAACUAAAUAGUAAACUUGCCUAAAUUUUUAUGGAACAUGUUUUAGCACCUACUUGGUAGAAAUCCAAAACUUGCAGAGAUUGUGUGAUGCAGCUUAUGUUUAUGACUUCCCUGUCAAGAUGGUUCUAUCUAUUGUUAUUCUCAAAUUGGUUGUGGCUGGACAUACUUGCAUUGUUUCAUAUCCGGAAUAGUUCCAUUGCUAAUUUUUUUUUUUUCUUGUAACACCUUUCUCUAACAUAAUUGUCAUUAUCAUGGUGCCAUUGUGGAGCUAGAAUUAUUUAAAAAAUUCAUGAAUUUUAGUUAAUAAAUAAAUAGAAGGUGUGCUCCUUUCUUAUUUCUGAGUGCAGUUUCUUGUAUUUGCCAAUUAAUUUUCAUUUUCGAGGUAAAUAUAAUACAUAAAAUGAUCUAAUAAUUUAACAAUCUGUAAUAUCCAUGAGAAAUGUUAGAUAAAGAACUAACUUCAUGGUGUUCAAAUUAAUGAAUGACACUUGUAAAGUAUCUACUUUGUUGUAGCUCAAAAUUAAAUGUGUGUAAUAUUAGCAUUUAUAUUUUUAAGUUUUUUUUUUAAUAAGGCAGGAGGGGCAUACAAUUAUAUAGAGGAGGCAUUUCUUUUUCCUAUUUUGGGAAGGGAGGAUGGUCUCCCCAGUCACUGGUAUAACUGCAUUUGUUUCUGAUUUAGUUUACUAACUUCUAUGGAUUGGAGGGUGUAGACUAGGCAUACAAAUUAUAACCUGCACUUUGCUUUGAAGUUAAUUUGCAUAUAGAAGUGUUACCUUGGAGCUGGCAUGUACUAUAAGAUAUAGGUUUGUUUCUGGUUGCUGUAUUUUAAUAAUUAAUCUGAAUUGCAGAAGUGAUUUCCAAUGUCGAGAAAAAAGCUUAUACUGAUAUGUCAGUCUGGUGGUGAAUUUGUUACAAGCGAUGAUGGGUGUUUAUCAUAUACUGGCGGAGAGGCAAAUGCUCUAGAUAUCAAUCUUGAAACUAUGUUUGAUGAUCUCAAGCUAAAAAUGGCCGAAAUGUGCAAUUUAGAAUAUAAAUCGAUGUCCAUCAAGUACUUUCUCCCAGGAAAUAGGCGAACUCUCAUUACUUUAGCUAACGACAAGGACCUGAAAAGGAUGUAUGAUUUUCAUGGUGACUCAAUUACUGCAGAUGUUUUUGUUCUGGGUAGAGAAGGUUUUAAUCAUGAAGACUUGCCCAUGCAUGCUAGCAGACCAUGUGGAGUAAAACUGGCCGAGACUGUGCCUUCUGCCAUGGCCUCUCAAGAUGCAGCUGCUACACCUUUGGUUGCUCCCGGUGGUGAUCCAACUGCACACAGCUCUAUUAUACUUGAUAUGAAUGCUACCCCUGCUGAUACUGUUAAGAAGCGUAGGCGCACUGCAUCCUGGAAACUUGGUCCUACUGGUACUGCCAUUGUUGUUUCUGACAAGGUUGAGGAGACAAGAAAAAGUAGAUCACCGAAGAAGAGUUCUCAGAAUCAUGUUGCUGAUGCCAAAAUUUUUCAGGUGGAACAGCAACCAAUAUUAUUUGAUGUUCCAUGGGUAGACAUUUCUCAUUAUUCAUCUGGUGGCAUCAACUCCAAUGGGGUUUCUCUGGAGAAAACCGUUGCCUCUUGGACAGAUGUAAUUAUUGGUGUAGGCCAAGAAUUUAACAAUGUAGUUGAAUUUCGUGAUGCGCUACAGAAAUAUGCCGUUGCACAUCGUUUUGUUUACAGGUUGAAAAAGAAUGACACCAGUCGAGCAAGUGGUAUAUGUGUAGCUGAAGGUUGCUCUUGGUCGAUUCAUGCAUCUUGGGUUCCUUCUGCUCAAGUGUUUAGGAUAAAAAAGAUGAAUAAAGCGCAUACAUGUGGAGGGGAAUCAUGGAAGGCUGCUCAUCCAGCAAAAGGUUGGCUGGUCAGUAUUAUAAAGGAUAUGCUAAGAGAUAGCCCGCACCACAAACCUAAAGACAUUGGUACUCGUAUUUUUCAAGAUUUUGGGAUUAAGCUGAGCUAUACACAAGUGUGGCGUGGAAUUGAAGAAGCAAGAGAGCAACUUCAGGGUUCAUAUAGAGAGUCUUAUUCCCAGUUGCCUUGGUUCUGUGAACAGAUGGUAGAGGCAAAUCCUGGUAGUUUCGUGAAUCUUUUAAUCGACGACGACAGCAAAUUUCAACGUCUUUUUGUAUCAUUUCAUGCCUCGAAACAUGGUUUCAAGAGUGGUUUCCGUCCACUUCUAUUUCUCGAUUCUGUGAGUUUUAAUUCAAAAUACUAUGAGACUUUAUUGACAGCUACAGCAUUAGAUGGGGACGAUGGUGCUUUCCCAGUUGCAUUUGCUGUAGUAGAUAUUGAGAAUAAAAAUAGUUGGCAUUGGUUUUUGGAGCAGUUGAGAUCUGCAAUUUCUACUUCUCAAUCCAUAACUUUUGUUUCUGAUAAAGAGAAGGGACUAAUGGAAUCUGUGAAUGAGGUAUUUGAGCAUGCUCACCAUGGUUACUCUAUAUACCACCUGCUGGAUAACUUCAGGAGAAAUUUGCGAGGGCCAUUCCUCGGAGAUGGGAGAGCUUCUUUGCCCGCAAGUUUUUUGGCUGCUGCACAUACAGCCCGACUCGAUAGUUUCAGAAUGUUCAUUGAGCAAAUUAAACAGGUUUCUGCAAAAGCAUACGAUGGGCUUAUGCAGAUUGAGCCGGAAUGUUGGACAAAUGCAUUUUUCAAAGGUGAGCCUUAUAAUCAAGUUACAGUAAAUAUUUCAGAGUCAUACACUAAUUGGAUUGAAGAAGCUCGGGAGCUGCCUAUAACACAGAAGGUAGAAGCACUCAGGUGCAAAAUGAUGGAGUUGAUGCACAAACGUGAAAUGGAUUCAAAAGGGUGGACUACAAAGCUUACUCCAUCCAAGGAGAAAAAGCUGCAAGAGGAAACUCUGAAGACACGGGCUUUCAAAGUAUUAUUUUCAUCUGAUACCCUUUUUGAGGUUCAUGACGAAUCUAUUAAUGUUGUAGACAUUGUCAAAAAGGACUGUACUUGUCUGGAAUGGAAAUUGACUGGAUUACCUUGCAGCCAUGCCAUUGCUGUCUUCAAUCGCACUGGAAGGAGUGUAUAUGAUUAUUGUUCAAAAUAUUUCACAGUUGAUAGCUUCCGUUCCACUUAUUCCAAGUCCAUAAAUCCAGUUUUAGCCGUUUUCAACCCUCUAGGUGAAGCAGUUGCCUCAGAGGAGAAGCAAGUGCUUCCUCCUACCACCCCUCGGCCGCUGAUUCAACGGAAGGAAAAAGAAAAUAGAAGAAAGGGUGAACUUAAAAGGGUAAUGACUUGCACUAGGUGCAAGGGAGAAGGACAUAAUAAGGCUACCUGCAAGGAACCCUUGUAGUUCUGUCCUGGUAGGGCAUAAUAAGGCUACCUGACGAGGUUUCACUAAUUGUAGAAAAGAAAUAGGAGGAAAUCUCAUGUCUGUACUUUCUUUGUGCAUGUGUGACAUCGUACAGUUUUACUUUACUGAAGUAUGAACAACACAAUGCCUUAAUCA